AGUUGGGUUUGCUACCGCCAAUAUAGCGUCAGUUUGCUUUUGUACGCCAGUCGAUUUGGUACGUUUGGAACGGACGCGGUCGCGACGUUAAUAUAAAUAUAUACAUAUAUUUUUUUAGCAACUCUCAAAGAGAUUUCAACACAUUUCUAUUAAUCCAAAGCAAAAAACAAAAACAACUUAGUGCAAAAUGUCGUACCACAAGCCAGAAGCUAAAACCAUUCAGGAUCUGAAAGACAUCGCUCAUCGCUUGCGUAUCCAUUCUAUUACGUCAACACAGGCAUCUAAAUCGGGCCAUCCUACAUCAUGCGCGUCUAUUGCCGAAAUUAUGUCGGUAUUGUUCUUCAAUACCUUGCGCUUGAAUUUGAAGUUCCCACGUGAUCCCUCGAGCGAUCGUUUUAUAUUGUCCAAGGGACAUUCAGCACCCAUUCUAUAUGCCGCCUGGGCUGAAGCUGGUCUUUUCCCCAUCGAAGACUUGCAGAACUUGCGUAAGAUCGAUAGUGAUCUUGAGGGUCAUCCAACACCACGCUUGAACUUCAUUGAUGUCGGAACUGGCUCGUUGGGUCAAGGUGUCGCUGUUGCUGCUGGUAUGGCCUACGUAGGCAAGAACUACGACAAAGCUGACUACAGGACCUACGUUGUAGUCGGUGAUGGUGAAUCUGCUGAAGGUUCGAUUUGGGAAUCGCUGCACUUUGCUGGCCACUACAAAUUGGAUAACUUGUGUGUUAUCUUCGAUGUGAACCGCUUGGGUCAAUCUGAGCCAACCUCAUUGCAACAUCAUAUGGAAGUUUAUCGCAAACGUUUGGAUGCUUUCGGUUUCCACGCCUUGGUUGUCGAUGGACACGAUGUUGAAGAAUUGGUCAAGGCGCUCCAUGAAGCUUCUAUAACCAAAAACAAGCCCACUGCCAUUAUCGCAAAAACGUACAAGGGUAAAUACUUCCCCAAUAUUGAGGAUUUGGAGAACUGGCAUGGCAAGCCAUUGGGCGACAAAGCCAACGAAGUGAUCAAACACUUGGAGGGCCUGAUUGUCGGUGUCACAGAUGCCCCAGCCAAUCCACCCAAGAGUCCAGCUAAGUUGAAGCAGGCACCAGUUGUAGACAUCACCAAUGUCAAGUUGUCGUCACCACCAAACUACAAGUUGGGUGAGCAAGUUGCCACACGUCUCGCCUACGGCACCGCUUUGGCUAAGAUUGCACAGAACAAUGACCGUGUCAUCGCUUUGGACGGCGACACCAAGAACUCAACGUUCUCCGACAAGUUGAAGAACAUAUUCCCAGAACGUUAUAUUGAGUGCUUCAUCGCCGAACAAAAUCUCGCUGGUGUUGCUAUUGGUGCUGCCUGCCGUGACCGUACAAUUGCUUUCGUUUCUACUUUCGCGACCUUCUUCACACGCGCCUUCGAUCAAAUUCGUAUGGGCGCCAUUUCCCAAACGAAUGUCAAUUUUGUUGGCUCUCACUGUGGUGUCAGUAUUGGUGAGGAUGGGCCCUCUCAAAUGGGUUUGGAAGAUAUCGCUAUGUUCCGCGCCAUCCCCGGUAGUACCGUAUUCUAUCCCUCCGAUGCUGUAAGCUGUGAACGUGCCGUUGAAUUGGCCGCGAAUACAAAAGGUGUCUGUUUCAUCCGUACAUCCCGCCCCAACACCGCUGUCAUUUAUGGCAACGAUGAUGUGCUCGCAAUUGGCAAAGGUAAAGUAGUCAAGCAGUCACCAAAAGAUCAAGUGCUGUUGAUCGGCGCUGGCAUUACUCUCUACGAAUGCCUCAAUGCCGCAGCUGAGCUCGAAAAGAGUGGCGUGCAUGCACGUGUCAUCGAUCCAUUUACCAUUAAGCCUUUGGACGCUGAGCUCAUCAUUGAGAACGGACGCGCUGUAGGUGGUCGUGUUGUCGUCGUGGAGGAUCACUAUCAACAAGGUGGCUUGGGUGAGGCUGUAUUGAGUGUGCUCGCUGAACAGCGUGACUUUGUGGUUAAGCAUCUGUAUGUGCCUACUGUGCCACGCUCGGGACCUCCCACUGUGCUCAUCGACAUGUUCGGUAUUUCCGCACGCCAUGUUAUCAAGGCUGUUGCCGAUGUACUGCAGUUGUAAACGAGUUUUGGUGGAAUUCUGCAAACUCACUACAAAAACAAAAAAAAAAACUAUGAAAGUUAUUGAAUGAUUUAUCUAUAUACAUA